GGGUUUUCCCAUAAUAUUGGAGCAUUCAGUACUUUUGAAUUUCUGUUUGACAGUCAUUUCUUACAUCUUUUCAAGUCUCCUCAUGAUGCAGCGUAACUUUUGUAUCUAUUUAAUUUUAUUAUUGACAAAGCAAUUGGCGUUUGCUUCCGAUUUAGAUGAGUAUACGGAGCGUGAAAAGAAUGAAAUUGAAUUAUAUCGCCAGCUAUUUCUUCGUUUGAAUACAAUUAUUAAAGCUAAUAUUGAAAUGAAAGGUGAAAUAUUGGAUGUAAAGGAUGAGUUGAAGACAAUCGAUGAAAAAUUAAAUACGACCAGUUCGACUCAGUGUUGCAGUGGAGUUACCAAAUACGACCCCUUUUUAGAUGAGCAAUUCCAAAAUUUCGGUGAUGGUUGGAUAACCAUUCAGAGACGUCUCAAUGGCAUUGAGAAUUUCGAUCGCCCUUGGGCUGAUUACAAAAAUGGUUUUGGCGACAGCUCUCUAGAAUUCUUUAUUGGCUUGGAAAAGCUGUAUGCCCUAACUCUCGUCAAACCUUGUGAAUUAUUAAUUGUUUUAAAAGAUUUCGAUAAGAAUACGCGAUAUGCUCACUAUGACACAUUUCGUUUGGGUUCGGAAAGUGAAAAUUAUCUUCUAAAGGAAUUGGGUCGGUAUAGUGGUACGGCUGGUGAUUCCUUGGGCUAUCACAAGGGUGCGCAAUUUUCUACACUAGAUCGUGACAAUGAUGCGCAUGCAAGUCUACAUUGUGCCGAGAAAUUUGGUGGCGGUUGGUGGUAUCAGGCGUGUCAUGAGAGUAACCUCAAUGGCCAUUAUGUAAAAAGUGAUCACGAACGUAGCUUUGCUUCCGGUAUCCAUUGGAAAACAUUUCGUCCGAACUGGUAUUCCCUGAAAUUUUCCCAAAUUAUGGUGCGACCAAAAUGAAGAUUUAAAGAGGGGUUUUUCAAUAAAGAAAUAAAUUGAAAUGUAA